UUAAUCCUCGGGAGAAAUGAUGAUCGGUAAAUUCCCCCAAAAGAUGCAGAAAUCGUUCUCGUUGAUCCAAACGGUUGCAAUCUCCGGCGUAUUCUCCGCCGUCUCUUGCUGGUAUGGAUUCAUGUUCGGUAGAGAAUCUGCGAGAAAAGAGCUCGGAGGUUUGAUCGACGAGCUCCGUCGUGGAGGUUCCAAUUCUGAUUCCGCUCCACAUUCCUGAGUUAGGCAUUCCGAUUUCCCCAGGCGCUUUCGUUAUCUGUUGCUAAGUUAGUUCCCGAUUUCGAUUACUUUUCCUGUGAAAAUUUCCAUUUAUGCCACUUAAAAUUUCCAGAGUGUUGAUGAAUUUUGGAGCAAUUGUUGUAUAAACGAUGUGUUCAUGAGUUAAUUCAAGUGUGAAAGAUUACAAGAUCA